UUCUCGGAUACAAGUAAUGGCGCAGCAACCCCAUGUUGUUGUUCUUGCAUUCCCCUUCUCCACCCACGCAGCUCCACUCCUCACCAUCAUCAACCGCAUCGCCUCCGCAUCCCCAACCACCUUGUUUUCCUUUUUCAGCACUCAACAAUCCAACAACUCUAUCUUCUCCAUAUCCCAACCGAACAUCAAAGCUUAUAACGUUCCCGAUGGAGUACCCGAAGGCUACGUUUUCUUGGGGAAGCCUCAGGAGGAAAUCGAGUUGUUCAUGAGAGGUGCUCCCCAGAGCUUCCGGAAGGGAGUUGAAAUGGCUGUGGAAGAGAGUGGGAGGAAACUGAGCUGCUUGGUCACUGAUUCUUUCUUCUGGUUUGCCAAAGAGAUGGCGUUGGAGAAUGGUGUGCCUUGGCUACCCUUUCAUACUGCUGGAGAUGCCUCCCUCUCUUCUCAUGUUUAUACUGAUUUGUUAAGGGAAACAUAUGGAGUUGGAGGCAUCGUUGGUCGAGAAGAUGAAACCCUCAACUUCAUUCCUGGAUUGUCAAACGUACGCAUCCGUGACUUGCCUGAAGGAAUUGUGUUUGGGAAAUUGGAAUCAUUCUUCUCGGUCAUGCUGCACAAAAUGGGCCAAGUUCUCCCACAGGCAACUGCUGUCUUCAUCAACUCUUUCGAAGAACUAGACCCUGAUAUCACAACUGAUCUCAAAUCCACGUUCAAGCAAUACCUGAAUGUCGGACCUUUGAUCCUUACAACACCACGACCAUCUGUUCCGGAUUCUCAUGGGUGCCUGGCAUGGCUCGACAAGCAAAAACCAGCAACCGUGACAUAUAUAAGCAUCGGGUCAGUUGCAACCCCACCUCCAAAUGAACUCGUUGCACUAGCAGAAGCAUUAGAAACUAGCCAGGUUCCAUUUAUAUGGUCUCUUAGAGAUGAACUAAAGGUGCACCUGCCGAGCGAGUUCAUAGACAAGGCAAAUGGCCUAAUAGUUCCAUGGGCGCCUCAGAUUGAUGUGCUUGCCCAUGGUGCUGUCGAGGUGUUCAUAACUCAUGGCGGUUGGAACUCGAUAGUCGAAAGCAUAGCAGGUGGGGUGCCAAUGAUUUUCAGGCCGUUCUUUGGGGAUCAUAGGGUGAAUGGAAGAAUGGUUGAGGAUGUGUGGGAGAUUGGUGUGAUUGUUGAGAGUGGAGUUUUGACAAAGGAUGGAAAAAUGAGUGGCUUGGACCUGGUUUUGGCACAAGAAAAAGGGAAGAAAAUGAGAGAAAAUUUGAGGGAUAUCAAACAAGUUGCACAAAGAUCUGUUGGAGCAAAAGGGACCUCUACUGAAAAUUUCAACAAUUUGUUGGAUUUAGUAUGUACCCAAAACUAUGCCUAG